AUGAACGCAGCACCAGUUUCAUCGAUGGCGCAACCUACCCCUUUGUAUGACCUCGUUUGCAUUGGCUUCGGGGCAGCGCAGCUGGCUACGGCUAUUGCGAAUAGCGAGUCUCGAGCACCGUUGAAAGUGCUUUUCAUCGAAAAGAAGCCGUCAUUCUCAUGGGGCUCGACUUCAAAUUUAUCAAGGACACGAAUGGAAAGCCCAUUCAUGUACGACCUGGCAACACUUCGGAAUCCGAGAACAGCCUUUAGCUACGUCAACUACCUUCUAAAUCGCAAGCGGCUUAUCGAGUUUGCAAACUCCGACCGUCUCAAUCCUUUGAGAGAGGAAUUUGCCGACUACAUGAAGUGGAGUGCUGAGCAUUUCAAGAACGACGUACGAUAUGGUAGCGAAGUUGUCGGGGUAGCCCCAGAAGUCGAAAGAGAUGUUGUACAAGGCUGGAAGGUAGCCGUCAAAGAUAAUACUGGAAAAACAUGGGUGGUGCGAGCGAGGAGCGUUGUUGCACCGUCUCCGUCCCGGACCAGUGGACCAACCGCACAAUCACUACCGACAACAAACUUCUUAGCGGGCCAGCGUAUCAUCUCCAUGGACGAUUAUCCUUCACGAAGAAACGAGCUGCGAGGUGCCAAUGAGCCACGACUCAACGUAUCCGUAGUCGGCUCUGGCGAGAAUAUGGUAGAAAUCGUAGAUGAUCUACUAUCUUGUCCUCGCCUGGGCAACAUUACAGUAGUUACGGAAAGCGAUUCGCUUGCUCCGUUGAGGAUUCUGGACGAUGCAAAGCCUCCACAACCCCAGCUGUGCUCGAUCUGGGCGAAGCCGACAAGCUGUCAGACGCCGUCUGUCACGGAAGCACCAGAGCACAUUCAGAGAGUUUACAUGCGUGCCUACGAGAAGCAAGUCCAAUCCAAGGGCGAGUUCAGACUCCGCGUCAUUAUCGGAAAAGACUCCUCUGCUGCAUGCUCGGGCUCCAAUGUCAUCAUCAGAGACACGGCGACAAGUCCCUUUUCAAACUCUACCCUGUUCCAGAGCGUGGAUUCGAUCAUCCUAGGCUGUCGGCCCAAGGGAGAAAGCCUGGAAGAGGUGCAGUUCAAGCGCGGCGCUAUUGCAGAGGGUUGUCGGCUGUGGUUGGUGUCCUCAAAGUCCGAUGGAGGGCGGACACUGGCCAAGGACGUAGCGUUGAUGGCUGGAGAAAUUGUGCGCCAGGCAUCCAAAGGGUCCAAGGAGGUAGGGGAUGGUGCUGCAUCGGUCCAAGUGCAAGCAAGGAUAUAG